AUGACAGCGGGUGGCCUGGAGAAGACCAUGGAUCUGCUCCAGCUCCGCCCCGGCCGCCUGGUGGCGCAGGGACUUGCUCCAAAGCAGCUCCUCGAGGGAAAAUCAGCAGCUGACGACGCUGACGCGGACAACACGGACAGCAGCAGCAGCAGCGGACCCGAAGUCGAGCUAGAGCAAGCGGACAACAACCCGGUCUCGGACGACUCGAACAGCAACAGCAGCGACGGCAGCGACACCGAGCACGAUAACAUCGCCACCCAGGACAGCAUCGGCAUCGAGGCCGGAGCCAGCAAGCACCCCAUCCACGCGGUCGCCGCUUCCACGGCGAGGGUGUACACAGCAGCGGAGGUGAAGGAGAGCAUGACGCUGGAUUGCACAUGGGCCCAAGUCACCAUGCCCACCCUCGUCGCCAGCGGGAACACCACGGCAUGCACCACCUGGAGAGGGACGGGGACACUGCCGGUACGGACGUGGACCAUGGCCACGUUCCUCACGGGGCAGGACGGCACCACCACCGAAGCCCCGCCGGUCUACACCACCGACCGUACGGCCCGUCCCCCGGCCCGCCCGGCAUGCGUGGCGGAAUGCGGUGCGAGGACUUCGGUGACGACUUUCACCUCCGGCCGCAUCAGCAGCACCAGCAGCACCAGCACCAGCACGGAAGGAUGGUGGCGGGCCGUGCUCGCGGUCACCCCUGUCACGAGCGCCNAUUCGGCGGGAGAACGAGAGACGGUUGGGUUUGGCCUGAUUUUGGCGUGA